CCUGUUGUUGAGUUGCUCUUCAGUCGCCUGCGCCAUACUCCCACUGGAGCACGAGACCACACUGGCACACAUCCCACAGCCACCAGGUGCCGGCCGCCGCCAUGGAAAAAACGAGCAGCUCCUCCAUGGCCUCCCCAGUCCGCUCACCGCCACCGGAGCCGGCCGCGGAGGCACAACCACCUCCUCCUUCUUCGCCCCCAUCACAGCUUCCGGCUACCGACCCCUUUCGCCUCUCGCCGGAUAACCCAAGCUCAGCUCCUCCCCUUCCUGCUGCACCUACAACUACUGCUCCGGCGCCAUCUACCGGCCCCUUUCCCCUCUCGCCGGAUAACCCAACCCCAGCUCCUCCCCUUCCUGCUGCACCUGCAACUACUGCUCCGGCGCCAUCUAUCGACCCCUUCCGCCUCUCGCCGGACAAUCCAACCCCAGCUCCUCCCCUUCCUGCUGCACCAACAGUUACUGCUCCGCCGCCGGAUGGCGCCGGCGAUUCCUCUCCACCGUCGCCUCCCUCGCCUCCAAAGGCUCCAACGCAUCCACCUCUUUCCACCACCGAUCCUUCUCCUCCCCUCCCUCGUCGGAACCAAACAUCCGCGCCGCGGCGGACACCCCCUCCUCCUCCCGCUCGCGCUCCCGCUCCAGCAGCACCACCUCCACCAGUACCGGCGUCUCCGGAAGCUAAACCGGAGCAGGAGGCAGAUGAAGCGCCCGGCGAAUCGGAGAACAUGGCGCUAGCCCUUGCGCUAACCCAAAACGAAGCAGUGAUGCCGCCGACGCCGCAGAAGGACGCGGUCAUGGCUGAAUCCCCGACCGGAUCUCCGCAGAAGGAGUCGGCCCUGACCGUAGCGAAGCUCCUCUCGGCCGAGGACCCCGUGGCAACGGAGGGCAAGCCGGCCGCCGACAAGGUAGCACCUGCGGUAGUCACCGAGUCAGUCGCCGGCGGCGGCGGGGGCGGAGGCGGAGGCAAAGUCGGAGUGGGCUCCAAGAGAUGGCUCCUUAGAGGGGUCCCAGAUAGAGUACGGCUCACGGAGCUGAAGAGGGCUGAGCUAGGGUUUAGGGUUUCAGCUGCCGUGUUCUGCUUGAUCUCGCUCUCCGUCAUGUCGGCUGGCACUACGCCGGGCUGGGCUGGUGACUCCUUCCGCCGCUACAACGAAUACAGAUACACUCUUGCUGCGAGCGUUAUGGCUUUUACAUACUCGGGGUUCCAGUUGGUUGCAGAAGUGCACUACCUUGUCACGGGGAGGCGCAUAAUUGGAGGACCCUGGGGGAACUACUUCAAUCUCGCCAUGGAUCAGGUAUUGGCUUACCUGCUGCUGUCAGCGUCUUCAGCAGCGCUUUCUCGCAAUGAUGUGUGGGUGUCAAGAUUUGGCGUGGAUCAAUUUGCCAAACUUAUCAAUGCCUCAGGCUCAAUGGCGUUCUUAGCUUUCAUUGCUCUUGGUCUGAGCUCCGUCAUCUCUGCCCAUCGUGUAUUCAGCUCAAUCCCUUAAACCUGUGGUGUGCAUUACUGAUGUAAAUAUUAUGCUCUAGAUGUACGUUGGCAUGCCACCUGUCUGACCCUUUUUCUCUGGAACUUAUGUUCCUGGUUGUGUCGCAACCAUACAUUAAAUUCAAGAGACUGUUCAAACACCGGUGGAUGUACAAGCAUAUGAGCUUACUAACUUGGGGACCUAUGAUUCUGUAAUAAAAUGUUAGAGCUCUAAGGGAUUAAAA